UACACGGCAGCUCGACCAUGUGACCGGCCCCGUUUUUCUCAAUUCCCGAAGUGGGCUGGCGUCGAAAAUAAUGUCAUUUCUCGUCAGUUUUUCAUCCCGUUUUUUCCUGUCGCCCUUGCGUAGAGUCCCCCCGAUCCCGAAUUUAUUGAAUGAAUUGCCGGAAGUACCGUUAUUCCGCCGCCGUCCCUCCCCCUCCUUCCGGCGGGCGCAGCGUACGCGUUUAGUUCAUUCGGUUGCCGUGUCAGUGGAGCAGCCGCUUCGUGGAGCACCUUGUAGUGACCGUAGUACGCGUAAAAGGUUCUGUUUUCUCGCCAAGGAGUCCGCAAUGCCCACUGGGAAGCCGUUCGAGAGGCUGCCGGAGACGGUCAGACCCAAACACUACGUGCUGGAGCUGGUGCCGGACCUGAAGGCGCUCGUCUUCGAUGGAACCGUCGCCGUGCAAAUUGAGGUUGUGAAGCCAACAAACGAGAUUGUACUUAACGCCAUCGACUUAGAAAUCAAAGAAACGACCUUAAAAGGCCCCAAUGUCUUAACACCGGACUCGACCAACUUCUCGGUCGAAGACGAAACCGUAACAUUUAAUUUCGCCAAACCGCUAACACCCGGCUCUUACACGCUCAGUAUGCGCUUCAAAGGCGAACUCAACGACAAAAUGAAAGGUCUCUACCGAAGCAAAUACCAGAACCAAAAAGGCGAAGAACGCUACGCUGCCGUCACACAGUUCGAAGCAACCGACGCCCGUCGGUGCUUCCCCUGCUGGGACGAACCCGCCCUCAAAGCCACCUUCGACAUCACCCUAACCGUACCCAAAGAUCUAGUCGCUUUGAGCAACAUGCCUGUCAAACAAUCGAAGCCCCAAGGCGACCUGAUUCGCUACGACUUCGCAACAACUCCAAUCAUGUCCACCUAUUUGGUCGCCUGUGUGGUGGGGGAGUACGAUUACGUGGAGGACAAAUCAACAGAUGGGGUGCAAGUCAGGGUGUACACACCACGGGGGAAGAAGGAGCAAGGGCUAUUUGCGCUGGAAGUGGCAACGAAAGUGCUACCCUAUUAUAAGGAUUAUUUCAAUAUUGCGUACCCCCUGCCUAAAAUCGAUCUGAUUGCGAUCGCAGAUUUCAGCGCGGGGGCUAUGGAAAACUGGGGCUUGGUCACGUACCGUGAGACCUGCCUUUUGGUGGACCCCCAGAACACCUCAGCUGUGCAAAAACAGUGGAUUGCGCUCGUAGUGGGCCAUGAGUUGGCCCACCAAUGGUUCGGCAACUUGGUCACGAUGGAGUGGUGGACGCAUUUAUGGUUGAACGAGGGCUACGCCUCCUUUGUGGAGUAUUUGUGCGUCGAUCAUUUGUUCCCCGAGUACGAUAUUUGGACGCAGUUUGUUAAUGACACGUAUAUUCGGGCUUUGGAGCUCGAUUGUUUGAAAAACUCGCACCCGAUCGAAGUUCCGGUCGGUCAUCCCUCGGAAAUCGACGAAAUUUUCGACGAUAUCAGCUAUAAUAAGGGGGCGUCGGUUAUCCGAAUGCUGCAUAAUUAUAUCGGAGAUGAAGAUUUUCGCAAAGGGAUGAAUUUGUACUUAACGCGACAUCAGUAUAAAAACACGUUUACUGAGGAUCUUUGGGCUGCGCUGGAGGAGGCGUCCAAUAAACCGGUGGGUGCUGUCAUGUCGACUUGGACCAAGCAAAUGGGUUUUCCGGUGAUUAAGGUUACGAGCCGACCUGAUAAUAACAAAGGGGUGGUUUUGACGCUUGCUCAAAGUAAAUAUACGGCUGAUGGGUCGAAAGCACCGGAUGAUUUCUUGUGGAUGAUUCCGGUGUCGAUUAUCACGUCGAAACAGAAAAAUAAGCCCAUUAGUACUGUACUUAAGACGAAGGAAGCGGAGGUUGUCAUUCCGGAUGUUGGUCCAAAUGAUUGGAUUAAGGUGAAUCCGGGGACUGUUGGCUUCUACCGCACUCAGUACGCUCCGGACCUUCUUGCCAAAUUUAUUCCGGCGAUCAAAGACCGGAGUUUGCCUCCACUGGACCGACUUGGUCUUUUGGAUGAUCUGUUCGCAAUGGUCCAAGCCGGACAUACGAACACCGUCGAGGUCUUGAAACUACUUGAAGCUUUCACCGACGAGACGGACUAUACAGUCUGGUCCUCAAUCAACAAUGUCUUGGUUAAGUUAAACAUGUUGUUGAGCUAUACCGACUGUGCGGACGACUUCAAAACGUACCAGAAACGCAUUUUGAGCAAGAUUUACAAACGGUUGGGGUGGAACCCCAAGGCUACGGAACGCCAUCUCGACACCCUCCUCCGGGGGCUGGUUUUGGGCCGCUUGUCGUGGCUCGAUGACGACGACACCAUCGCCGAGGCCAAGAAACGUUUCGAAGGUCACGUCAAUUCUAGUCAAACUUUACCGGCGGAUUUACGAAGUGCCUGCUACAAAACUGUACUUAGAGCGGGGGGCGAAGAUGUUUACAACACGCUUUUGAAAUUGUAUAGAUCGGUGGAUUUACACGAGGAGAAGGAUCGGAUCAGUCGAGCGCUGGGUGCAGCGAAGGAUCCUGAGAUCUUGUCAAGGGUCUUGAAGUUCGCCAUAUCGGAGGAGGUGCGGGCGCAGGACACCGUCUUCGUGAUCAUCUCCGUGGCGAUGUCGCGCGUUGGCAGAGACCUCGCGUGGCGAUUUUUCGUCGACAAUUGGUCGCUAUUCAAUGAUAGAUACAAAGGGUAUCUACUGACGAGGUUGGUUAAGUUCGUGGCGGAGAAUUUCGCCAGUGAGGAGUCGGCGAAGGAAGUCGAAGAGUUUUUCAAGACGCAUGAUAUCUCGGGAACGGAACGGACGGUGCAGCAAGCCGUUGAGACGAUAAGGUUGAAUGCGGCGUGGUUGAAACGCGACACAAAUGCCAUAAAGAAUUACCUCACUAGCAACUGAGUUUACUUAAUUUUUCUCUUGUCUAUUUUCUACGAUAAGGAUCGUUUUGCCAGUGACUGUAACUAUUUGUUUUUAUUUUUUUUAAUGUUUUGUAGCAGCGAUACAGCUAGUUGUAAUUGUAAAUUAUCUAAUAAAUGGUGAUCUAUUCACA